AUGUUUUGGCCCAUUCCCCUCCAAUAUAAAUUGGGCCCAAUUUCGAACAAGCAGCACGUCUCCCAACUUGGUGGUCUAAUUAGCAGGAAAAGAAGGCGACAUGAAUUUGGGGAAUAUGAAAUCGCUCCCUUCUUAUCUCUGCCCGAGACACAUCUUCCCCAACAGUCGAGUGAUAACUCCCCUGCUCCUAUGCAACCAUUUCCGUCGGAGCUGGGCGACCCCGCCCCAACCCCAUCUCUGGAUCUUAAUCGUAGUCUAAAUGGGUCUAGACAUGAAGCUGGCGAGCCUGACUGCUGUUCUUACUCCGUGGAAGCAGAAAAAACGGCUGAAAUAGGGCAACAGCUGGGGUUUGAGAUUGAAUCAGGUGAAACCCACAAAAUCACCUGGGUGAGACGAUUAAAGAACCAACAUCAUAUCUCAUAUAUCGGCCCACAGGAAACGCAACUACUAGAUUCAGAUGACAUAGAUGUGGCGGGUUGUUGGGGAUUAACCACUGGUUUCGACUUCGCUACAAUUCAUGCUACUGGGAGGUCCGGGGGUAUACUCAGCAUAUGGGAUAACAACUUGUACAGGGUUGAUCAAGUUCUGAUGUGCAGGGGAAGUUGGACGAAAGUUAUUGAUUUUACUCGACUGAUGAAUGCCAUGAUUUUACAUUUCAGCUCAUGCGUUCAUUGUGGGAAAUUUUUAUUUCAAGGAAUUUGGCAACUAAUGAGUUGA